GAGGGAAAAAGAGCUUUUCAACCCCAAAAGACAAAACGGGUGAUUACUUGAGAAAAAAGAGAGCCGUUGAGGCUUGGAAGAGAGCCAUUCAGUUCCGGCCCUUUGGAACUUGUAGCAUGGCGAGGAAGAUGCCUUGUGCCCCUCAAGAGACAGGUAAUGAUAGUCCAAAAGUUUCAGAAGCAAGAAAGGAUUCCGUAUCAACAAUAUAUCAACAACAACAUAAAUUCACAUCUUUAGAGGGUUGUCAAGAAUCAUCUCUUUCAAGGAUUAACUUGGAUAAUAGGUGUGCCAUCAUUUCAUUCAACUUUGAGCCUGAUGGAACCUGGAGAAUUGUUGCCUUACCAGGGCAGUGUCUCAAUUACAUUAACUUAGCUGGUGGUGUAAAUAUGGAUGGUGUGCAACUGCUUGUCUCUCCUCCGCUUAAUAGGUUGAAGAUUGAUCAAUGUAAGGGCCCUAGAGUGCCUCUUUCUUCCUAUGCUUAUUCAGCUAAAACAGGUACAAAAAAAGGCUUUACUAGUUCAAAUGUGCAUCGUCGAUGUCAAAACAAGAUUGCUAGCAGAGCUUCUAAACUCAACGAACUCUCUAACAAGUCCAGUUCUCAAAGCUCAUUAGUAUGCAGUCCUGGUUUGUUCCCUGAUACUUCUGCAGAGGCUAAUUCAUCUGAUAAGUACGCAAGUAAUUCCAAGGACGACGACAAGUCUUUGAAGAAAAACUCAAGAAAACAUGGUAGAAAGAAAUUUAGACGGAGUAAGAAGAAGUCAAGUCACAGGUCUACCGAAUGUGAAGUUCCUACUGAGGAAGUUGUCUGUCCAAAUUUGAUUUCUGAAACCUGCAGCAGCAAUGUUGGGGAUAAGGAGGGCGUGGGAGAAUUUUUAACUUCUGAUGAUAGAUUAAUAAAAUCUGAUUGUGACAUAAAUAAGAUGAAUGACAUCAAAGUUAUGGAAGCACCUAACGUUAGUAACACUUAUCUUGAUCAGGAAGCAAUGUUAAAGGAUUCUGCACCUAUUAUUCCAAGUUCUGCAGGAGAAUGUGCCACAUUUGAAUCCAAGAAUCAGCUCAAAGGUAGGGGCCCUGAGGCAGUCAUUGAUAGAGAAAUAAAGAACAUCCAGCAUACUCAGCCAUGCAGUUUUAAUGAUAUACAAGACUCUUUAGUGCUAGAUUCAGUUUCAGUUUGUUCCAGAAGUGAUGGGAGUAUAAAUACAGAAGAUAUAGGAAAACAAUCCAACAAGUCAAAUUGCACAACCACUUCAGAUUCUGGAGAUGGAUAUUUUUUUUGUCAAAACUUGACAAAUGGCAUUCCCAAUAACUGUGAACAUAUUGAGGGGAUUAUGCACAGUGGUCAAAAUUGCAUCAGUAAUGAUAAGAGAGUUAAGCAAAAGAGAACUAUGUCGCACAGUUCAGGUUUAAACAAAUUUGGGGGUGUUGGAAUUUUGCAAGGUCGAAAAGGGAAGGAAAACAGUCAUUCUAUAUGGCAAAAGGUUCAGAAGAAUAGUUCUGAUGAAUGUGGCGGUGAUUUGAAGAAAGUAAACACUACUUUGUCACAACUUGCUUCUAUUGAGAAAAAGGAUCCCUCAGUUAUCAAAGAAUGUAAAUCUGUUGGUGUGAACUGUGUAUCAAAAACUGAGGAUAAGAAACAAAUGAAAAAUAAAAUUGGUAAGAAAUCUAAAGUCAAAAUGGACUCAGUAUCAAAAAAGGGACAGAGCAAUUAUUCUAGGAAGAGUUUGCAUCUUAGCAGGUCAUUGUCAAAUGAUCAUGGGAAGGUUGGUGCUGAACAGAAUGAUAUGUUGCAUAUCUCAACUCAGGAAAUUGAUCAGCAUGGACUGAACCAUGACUCUGGAUUUAAUUCUGAUGUUCACUGCUUGUUGGAUGGGGUCCAGACCAAUGGGGUUGAACAGGUAACAUCUGAAAAAAUUCACAGUGCAGAAUUUCAUCUGGAGAUGUCAGAUCCAAAAAGUAGUGCCUGCCAUACUGUUGCGAACACAAACAAUGAAAGUAUAGAUAGUGAGGAUAGGUCGUUAGUAAGGCCAAGUGAGAAUGUCAAUCAAUCAAAUAUGUCUGUAGAGCUGUCUCCAGCGUCUUGCAAUCUUGAAGGUGAUGAGGUUGGUCAAACAGAGAAAGAAGCUUCUUCUGCAGACUACAAUGCACAAAACCAGUGCUCUGGAACCUCCCUCUGGAAAUGGAUACCAAUUGGGAAAAAAGAUACUGGGUUGGAAAAAUAUGAAUCUAGUAUUUUACCACCAGACUAUUCUGAUGCAUCCUCUAGGAACAAUAUUAACCAUGAAAGCAGUGUUGAACAAGAAGUGGCCUCUUCUGAAAGUAAGGAUUCUUCAAUAAAUGCAAGCAGAACAUCAAAUGGUGAGAUUUACCACAAAGUGUCCUGUCUAGGUGAGGGUGAGAACGAAAAAUUGGGUGGGCAGGUUCCAUUUACAUUGACACAGCAUAGGGACAAGCAAGAAGUUUCUAGUCACAUGUUUAAUGAAAGCAAAAAACAAGAAAUGUUAGAAAAGGAUUCUUACAGAAUAUCCCAAGCUGUGAAUGAUGCAUGUAGGGCACAACUAGCUUCUGAAGCAGUGUACAUGGCUACAGGUGGUCCAGUUGCAGAAUUUGAAAGACUACUUCAUUUUGGUAGUCCUGUGAUUUGUAAAUCAGUUGAUUCAGUCAGUUGUUCAACCUGCUCAUGCAACCAUGCUGGUGGUGUCUCACUGUGCAGACACGAGAUCCCUAACUUGUCUUUGGGAUGCCUGUGGCAGUGGUAUGAGAAACAUGGGAGCUAUGGGUUAGAAAUAAGUGCUCAGGAUCAUGAGAAUCCAAAGAGUCAAGGUGUUGGUGAUUUUCCAUUCCGUGCGUAUUUUGUCCCUUCUUUAUCAGCAGUUCAGCUGUUUAAGAACCAUGAAAAUCAAUGUGUAAAUAGCAGUGACGAGCUUUCAAAUUGUGAGGUUUCAGAGGCAUGUCAAAUGAUUAAUUUUUCAGAAAACUCAUCUACUGCCACUGAACAUUCAAUAUUUUCUGUUCUCUUUCCUCAGCCUCGAAAUCAGGAUGCAAGCAUUGAAACUCCGAAGGAGACAGAUUCUAUCAGUAAUGGAUCUGGUGAUUUAGAACUUCUUUUUGAAUAUUUUGAAUUUGAGCAACCUCAACAAAGACAGCCUCUUUAUGAGAAGAUACAAGAACUGGUUAGAGGAAAUAUGCCAAUCCAAUCUUCAACAUAUGGGGACCCAACAAAACUGGAUUCAAUAAAGCUGCGAGAUCUUCACCCUAGCUCUUGGUUCUCAGUUGCAUGGUAUCCUAUUUACCGAAUACCAGAUGGCAACUUUCGUGCAUCUUUUCUGACUUACCAUUCACUUGGACAUUUGGUCCGUAGAAGAACAGGUUCAGAUUUGUUAACAUCAGGUUCUUGCAUAGUAUCUCCAGCUGUGGGUCUCCAAAGCUACAAUGACCAGGUAUGAAUUAUCUUGCAUAUUAUUAUUCCAUGCAUUGAAAAUUAAACUUUCAGUUGGUCAAGAAUUUUUUUUUGGAUGAAUCCAUUGCAAAUAAUAUUUUGACACAUUUACAGUUAUUAUGUUUUUGUGGCUGAUUACAAGAUAAUUGGAGCUUUUACUGGCAUAUUUAAUAAUGUAAAUCACAGUUUAUUUGGAAGCAGACUUUCCAGGGUUGAGGAAAUAAAGAAUGCAAAAGAUGAAACUUUUUUAGAUUGCUAAAAGAGAAGAUGACGGAUAAGUUAUUUACAUUAGGAAUAUUAUUGUAAUAUUAUUGUUAGAUGUAGGAAGUAUGGUGCUGAAAGGAGUUGUUCAAAUUAU